AACCGUUUGCGUCGGACCCGUCGCUUCCGGGUGUCUUCGAGGGAGAGAUCCUUCUUCAUCUUUUUGUAUAACUGUUACCCCAAAUAAGCCCAAAAGCUCCGUGGUCAACCAACGCUUUGAAAAUGAACAGAAUAUUCGGACGCGGGAAACCGAAAACGCCUCCUCCGAAUCUGUCGGACUGUAUCGGCAACGUCGAUGCAAGGUCAGAGUCCAUAGAGAAGAAGAUCGGCAGACUGGACGCUGAGCUGGUGAAGUACAAGGAUCAGAUGAAGAAGAUGAGAGAGGGGCCCUCGAAGAACAUGGUGAAACAGAAGGCCAUGAGGGUCCUGAAGCAAAAGAGAAUGUAUGAAGGUCAAAGAGAGCAGCUGGCUCAGCAGUCUUUUAACAUGGAGCAGGCAAACUACACCAUCCAGACAUUAAAGGACACCAAAACAACCGUGGAGGCCAUGAAGAUCGGUGCAAAGGAAAUGAAAAGGGCUUACAAGGACGUCAAGCUGGAUCAGAUUGACGAUUUGCAGGACCAGCUGGAGGACAUGAUGGAGGACGCCGGCGAGGUGCAAGAGGCCUUGAGCCGCAGCUACGGCACUCCAGAGAUAGAUGAGGAUGAUCUUGAAGCAGAGCUGGACGCUCUUGGCGAUGAGCUGCUGCUGGACGACGACAGCUCCUACCUGGACGAGGCCUCAGCUGCCCCGUCCAUCCCUGAGGGUUUGCCCAGUGACGGCAAGACCAACAAGGACGGCGUCUUGGUGGAUGAGUUUGGUCUGCCGCAGAUUCCUGCCUCAUAGACGAGGACCGGAUUGAGACAACUGCACUUCAACUGAAAACACUUUUAUAAGUAGAGUAACAUUUAUACAUGCAGAACCUUUGCCCCGAGAACACUUGGGUCUGGAAGCUCGCCUGGUGUCGGGUCGUGUACCGUUACCACUACCGUGCUAGCACGUGGCCUUGUUACACGCUGAACCUUUUUUAAAAACACUACUUCCCCUUUGUCCCAUCUACCACGUGUCAGUCUUGUCCAUUGCCAGUAUUACCUAGUUAAUUUUUAAAUGUCUUACUUGUCUUGUGUUCUAGUUUUCUGUGUCGUUCAGUCUCCACCAUUUUGUGGAGAUGAUUCCCUCCGUUAAAAUGUCUGCGAGUUAUAAUGAAACAUGCAAAAUAAAUGAUGUGGUUUCAUUUAUGCUUUA